GCCUGUGUCACCCCGACUUGAUACAACAUCGUCGCGCGUGCGUGCUGGUACUGUGGACUUCAAUUGACAGACGACAAUAUCGUUUGACAGAUUUUACAUCAAGGGUGUCCACCAUAGACCAUAUGGUGGUUUUCUUCAAAUAGAAACAAGCGCAAAAUCGAGCAUUGACUUCUGAGAAAGAAUCAUUGUGCCGAUCACUUAUAAUUAACUUCAAUGGAGACGCGACGUUCUUUGGGAUUAAUUACCGCAUUGAUGCUUCUUGUCGCUGUGCAGGCUGUGCCAUUAUUAUUCUCAUCCUUUUCCCCUAUUGUUAUUCAAGCAAACUACAGUACACUUUAUCGAGACACUAUAAAUUCCACCGUUGAAUAUGUGUUUUUAUAUUCUGUCAGCAAUAUAUCGUUGGAAACCGCAAGAAUAAAUAUAGAAAGCAAUGCAACUCGUAGCUUGCCGUUGAUAAUUGUAGUGCGUCAGACAACAGGUAUUUUGUCUUGGCAAAUACCUUUGCUAGUCGAGAGCAGAGACUUGGGUUCUGUGAUAUAUAAUAAAACAAGUCGGAAUCUGUGCUCAACCAAAUACGAUCAGUUUGCGCCAAAUGAUGAUUUUAUUAUUGUUGGUAUCUCCACGGCCAGUCGUGAGAAUAUUUUGUUUAACGUCAAUUUAACGGAAGUAACGGAUUUUUAUAUAAAUUUAGGAGAUGAACGAACAGUGCAAAUCUCUCCGUCUGAGCCUAUUUAUUAUGGCUACAUAUUCCCUCAACAAACCGAGAAUUCCACUGUUAUUGUUCGCGUAGAAUCAGGCAACGACACCUGUAUGACCGUGUCUGUGCAAAAUACAUCGUGUCCUGUAUUCGAUUUGGAACGAAAUAUUGAAUUUUCCGGACGCUGGCAGACAGUAUCUAGAAGAGGAGCUAUCACAGUACCAAGAGAGGCUUUCCCGUUAGGAUUUUUUGUCGUGCUUGUUGUUAAAGGAGAUGAUACGGACUGUCUUGGACCAUCAUCGAUUGGCAGUUCUGUCAGCAAUUCUCGUACCAAAACUGUCACGUUGUCCAUACAUCCCGCCAUUACCAAACAGGAUUAUGUCGUCGCAACGGUAUCAACAGCGUUAAUUGUACUUCUCUUCUGUAUUUUUUAUGUAAUAGCUACAAUAUUAUUCAAUAUCAAAGAGGGCAGAAAACACGAACGUGAACUCUUGAACGACGAAAGUCAGAAUGUUAUUGAUCAAGUACCGAGUCCUUCGACGGUGGAGGAGGUCGGUCCGAAACAAUGGGAUUCCGUGGAAGAAGACUCGUCUCUGGAUGAGGACGAUAUAGAUCUGAUGGAGGAUGCUCUUUCCGACAAAGAUGUGAUACGAACAAAGAUCGUGCUCUCGGUCAGUGAUCUCGCACGCAAGGAACCGAGAAUACUGCGACACAAGUCUCGUUUGUAUCUGUAUUAUUUGGCAACCGUCGCCGUGUUCUACGCGCUACCGGUCGUACAAUUGGCGGUGACAUAUCAGCGCGUGUUCCACACAACGGGAAAUCAAGAUAUGUGUUAUUACAAUUUCUUGUGCGCUCAUCCUCAAUUUUUUGUGAUUCUGUUGUCCGACUUCAAUCACGUGUAUUCGAAUUUCGGAUACGUUCUGUUGGGUUUGUUGUUCAUAUUUCUAACUUAUUCACGGGAACACAACGAGUCGGAUAACGAUAAAACGAAAGGUUACGGAAUACCGCAACAUUACGGUUUGUUUUACGCAAUGGGCACUGCGUUAAUAAUGGAAGGUGUAAUGUCAGCGUGUUAUCACGUGUGUCCCAGCCAUAGUAACUUCCAGUUUGACACAAGUUUCAUGUACAUAAUUUCGGUUCUCUGUAUGAUCAAGAUCUAUCAAAAUCGUCAUCCCGAUAUAAACGCCAGAGCGCCGGUAACGUUCGGAAUUCUGGCUCUUAUAAUAUUCAUAGGACUGAUAGGAGUUUUGAACGGAACCACGUAUUUUUGGAUAACGUUUAUCGUUCUGCAUCUAUUGACAUGCUUCAUUUUAACCGUACAAGUAUAUUACAUGGGUCGAUGCAAAUUCAACAGAGGCGUUUGCAGAAGGGUAAUACAGACAUUCAGGCAUGACGCGCGCUGCGGCAUGCGGCAUCUGUUAAGGCCACUUUAUCCCGCAAGAUUCACGAUGCUCGUACUAGCUAACUUAUCUAAUAUCGCGCUUGCGAUAUUCGGAAACAUGUAUCACGAGGACAAUUUCGCUACGGUUUUAUUACUUAUAUUAAUGGCUAAUUUAAUUUUGUACACUUUGUUUUACAUAGUGAUGAAGAUUUGCUACAAGGAACGGAUUCUUCUCACACCCGGAGUUUACAUCGUUUUGGCCUGUCUGGUUUGGAGUGCGGCUUUGUAUUUCUUUUUGAACGGAACGAUAUCGUGGGCGCUCACACCGGCCCAGUCCCGUUUGCGCAACAGACCGUGCGAAACUCUGUUCAACUUCUUUGAUUCUCACGACAUCUGGCAUUUUCUUUCGGCAUUUGCGAUGUUUUUUUCAUUCAUGGUAUUACUCACUCUAGACGAUGACUUGGUUGACGUUCAUCGCACACAAAUACCCGUUUUUUAAAGAACUAUAAAUAGAUUUGAAUUGUUUAUAUAAUUUGAAAGCUUUUACACAAGGUUACCCGAAUGUAUAUUUAUGAUGAUGUACAAUGCGGACAAGAGGGGUUACCAAAGUUGUAAUCGCUAUCAAAAUAACAUAUUAAAUUAUACAUUAUAGACUUAGUAAUUAAUUCAUCAUGUGAUAAAAAAAAUCGCGUCAUUUUACAUGUCGCAAAAAGAGUGAGUGUAAAUAUCGCAUCGGCGAGUGCGCGAUUUUGUGAAGUUCUUUCUAUGUGUUACAAGUAUUACUUCGUUUACUUCCAGAGAACACCUUUUACAAAUAUGCGUAAAGAAAAAAAAAA